UGCUCAUACGUGGCGCCCAAAGGGCGCCGCCCGGACCUCGCGCGGCACGUCAACACGCACAUGCGGAGCAACAACGACGAGAGCUUCAAGUGUUGCGGCGUUCCGCUCGCGUGCGCGCAGGCCGCGGGGGUGCCCACGGAGAGGAUGAAAGAGAAGCCGCUCGUAUAUCAGAAGAUAGAGAUGGUGGGCGGGUGCAGGAAGGCGUUCAGCAGGCGGGAUGCGCUGUUACGGCAUCUGCGCGACAAUAAGGGGGUGUGCUUCGGGGAU